ACUGAACAAUAAUAAACUGGGGGAUUCCGGAGUGAAACUGGUGUCUGCGGCUCUGAGGAACCCAGAGUGUAAAAUACAGAGACUGUGGCUGAUCCAUGUCGGUCUCACAGAUUCUGGUGCCGAGGAUCUCGUCUCCGCUCUCAGUACAAACCCAUCACUGACGGAGCUGGACCUGAGUGAUAAUAAACUGGGGGAUUCAGGAGUGAAACUGGUGUCUGCGGCUCUGAGGAACCCGGAGUGUAAAAUACAGACACUGUGGCUGAGGAAUGUCGGUCUCACAGAUUCUGGUGCCGAGGAUCUCGUCUCCGCUCUCAGUACAAACCCGUCACUGACGGUGCUGAACCUGGGAUCAAACUCUCUGACAGACCGAUCUGUCCCCGCUCUCCGCCGCCUCAUACUGACCCACCCGAGUCUGAAGCUGAUCUGGCUGCGGGGGAAUCGGUUCAGUGAGACCGGGAUGAAGGAACUGAGAUCUCUACAGGAACCCAGACCCGGACUGAUGGUGGAUCAGUGAACAUCUGAAUGUGGGGAAUCGGUUCAGUGAGACCGGGAGGAAGGAACUGAGA